AUGAAACAAAGGGGACGGGACUCAUGGCGACAACGAUCAGCAAUGCUCGGCGUUUUGGUUCUGCUUUUAUUUUUCAGAGCAGCCUCGGCGCAACUGAGGUACUCCAUAUCAGAGGAGCUGAAAGAAGGCAGCUUUGUUGGGAAUAUAGCUAAGGAUUUAGGAAUAGAUCUGAAUGUGAUGAAGCAGAGGGGAUUUCGUAUCAUGUCUGGCUCGACUGAAUCGCUUUUCAAGGUAAAUGAGAACGACGGGGUCCUUUAUGCGAACCAAAAAAUAGACAGAGAGCAAGUAUGCAAGGAGAGCAAUGUGUGUUUAAUUAACCUCAAGACUGUCCUCGAAAACCCACUAGAGAUACAUUAUGUCACCGUGGAGAUAACGGAUUUAAACGACCAUUCUCCCACAUUUCCUGAGAAAACAAAGAGGCUAGAGAUCUCAGAAUCCUCCUUGCCAGGCGCAAAAUAUCAGUUACAAAAUGCCCACGAUCCGGAUGGAGGCACAAACUCUGUCCAACAGUAUAAAAUCAGUCAGAAUGACCAUUUUCGAUUAGAGAUUAAAGACCGAGGAAGAGAUGGUAAAACUCCAAUUUUACAGUUACAGAAACAGCUGGACAGAGAGGCCAAAAGUCGCCACAAAUUGGUGUUGACAGCUAUAGAUGGCGGAACACCACCAAAGUCAGGCACAGCAGAAAUAUUCAUAGAUGUUCUAGAUGUAAAUGACAACAUGCCAGUGUUCACCAAAGACACAUACUCAGCCGUGGUCCAAGAAAACGCUCCAGUUGGCACAACAGUCAUCCAACUUAACGCAACCGAUUUGGAUGAAGGAUCUAAUGGGGAAGUCGUUUAUUCAUUUGGCAGUGAUGUUAAAGAUAAAAUUCGAGAGCUGUUUGAUAUCGACUCUGUCACUGGGGAGAUCACUGUAAAAGGUCAUGUAGACUUUGAGGAACAGGACAGCUAUGAUAUUGAUAUACAGGCUUCUGAUAAGGGAAGCAUUCCAUUUAGAACUGAUAAAAGUGUCAUCAUUAAAAUUGGAGACACAAACGACAAUCUUCCUGAGAUAGAAGUGGCAUCGCUGUCUAGUGCAGUUUCAGAGGACUCGAGGUCAGGAACAACUGUAGCGCUUAUCAGCAUCACGGAUUUAGACUCAGGCAUGAAUGGCAAAAUAAUCAGCUAUGUCACGGAAGACAGCCCCUUCACAUUAACUCCAUCUAUGCAAGAUAACAUGUUUGCUGUUGUCACAAAGUCACAGCUGGACAGAGAACAACAGUCAAGAUAUGAUAUUACAAUAAUUGCGAAGGACGCAGGUGAACCUGCUUUAACAUCCGAAAAAAUAAUCAGCGUGUUUGUGUCAGAUACGAAUGAUAACAGUCCAAAGUUUUCACUGAGCCCCUAUACGUUCUACAUCAACGAAAACAACCCACCAGGAGCCUCUGUGUUUUCAGUACGGGCGUCUGACCGUGACGAAGGCGAUAAUGCGCUUAUCUCAUAUCAUAUUCUCAGGAAUGCAGGUCAUGAAAAUAAAGAGGAGGGCAUCUGA